GGAACAAGCGGGGCUGCAGCCGAGGGAAACACCUAACUUACCUUUGUGUGGAAGAGAGAUUAUUUAGGAUCGAGCCCUCUUAAGUGCAAUCAAAGUGGAGACAUGAGGAUUUAGCUUGAAGGUGAUAAAACAUUUUCUUCAGAAAUAAAAGUGAUGUCUUCGUAAGGGUGAUAGUGACCGCUGGGAGGACGCUACAUACCCUAAAAGAUGUAGGAGAUUGUGAGGUGAGAGCCGUGAUGAAUGUGCUCUUCACAGAGCAUGUAGAGGGAUGUGCGCCUAUCCUCCAAGGGCUGUGGGAGUCUGUGAGACCAGAGCAGAAAGAGAUCCUGCUCUCGCCUUACCUGCCUGCGUCCUACGCCUUCUUGACGCACGUCCUGCUCUGCGCACCUUUCCUGGCGCUGGACGCGCUGGGAAGCGUCUGUCAGCGCGUCCGCUCGUGGAGGAUCACGGCAGGCUCGGGUCCGCCGCCGUCGCUCCGGCGAUGGUUUGACUGUUUUUGGAGGGUGCUGUACAGAUACCUGACCACCGUCCUCCCCGCCACCGCGCUGUUUCACUUACUGAGGAGCCCCGUGUUACCGGAGCUGGCUCCAUCCUGCUGGCAGCUCUUUGUGGAAGUCUUCGCAUGUCUACUGCUUUUUGACACACUCUUCUUUAUAUGGCACUUCGUCAUGCACAGGGUUCCCUGGCUCUACCGCAGCACCCACCAGCUGCACCACCAGCACCACGUACCCUUCGCACUGGCAGCUCAGGACAGCAGCUCACUGGAGCUGUUAUCUCUGCUGCUGCUGGCUCUGAGCAGCGCCUGGGUGGUGGGCUGCCAUCCUCUGAGCGAAGCCUUCUUCCACCUCAUCAACAGCUGGCUGGCGGUAGAGGACCACUGUGGAUAUGACCUGCCCUGGGCUCUACACAGACUGCUGCCCUGUCUGGGAGGAGCUCCCUGCCACCAAGCCCACCACUCUCUCCACAAUGUCAACUAUGCCCCCUACUUCACCCACUGGGACCUCCUCUUUGGCACAUACCGCGCAUCAGCACAGUUUUUACGUCCAGAGUGACAAAACUGUUGCACAAAGCAAACUGAGGAUUUAUUAAAUUCCAGCAAAGCUGUCAAGUGAAGGAUAUUUUCUGCACAUUUUGUUUGGUCCUGAUCAGCCUUUCAUUCUUUAUGAGGGAUAAUUGAUCCCUCAGUUUACAGCAAACCAUCCACUGUCAUUUCAGUCAGGCAUCCUACAGUGUCAAGACAAAGUGAGACUUGUGACCAAAAUAUGCCUUUUGUGAUAAAAAUGAUUGAAAUCUGUAAAAUUCUGUAAACAAGACAACAUAUGUUAUGUUUCUUUGUCAAUUAUCUGUGAAUUCACUGAUGAACAAACAUUGUGUUCACAUGCCACCAUAAAGAUGUGAAAGCCAACAAUGGCCUUUGUAACGCUCAUAUCUACAGCUGCUCUGCAUCAAGUGAAUGCAGCACGAGAUGAGGAGAGAGCAGGGAUGACAUAAUAAAUCAAGACAAUGAAACAAUGGACAAACUCCUGAACCAAUGUGCAUUUGAUUUGCCUUCGUGGCAUGAGAGUGAUUCUAAAUGGAUUCAUAUGCUUUCAUUUUGUAGGCGUGAAGCAGAUAAUACAUGACCGACUUGUUUUGGUGAGUGCUGAUCAUAGAUGGAGGAAACACUACAAAUCUGAGCAGAUGUCUGCAGAUAUUCACACAUUCCAGGCUUCUCUACAAACUGGUUAAAAGGAAAGGGAAGUUUGAUGCCACCCUCAAGUCGGUACACUUUAAUGGAAGCUAAAACCAACAACCAGUUAGCUUAGCACAAAGAGUGGAAAUGGGAAAACAGCUAACCUGGAAGUGAUGACACCUAGCGAAGACUUAGUUCAUCAGAUGAAGCAUAAAACAACAAAUUUGUGUACAGAAAAUAUAAAAAGAUAUAGAUAUAUAAUGUGUUAAUACUUGAGCUUAAGGCCCUGGCAGGUGGAUCUUUAUCCCCACUUACAGCGAGCAGCAAUACCUCCGGGCCUGAAAAUGGAGCCAAUGUGGAAGUGCCAAAAACUGCAGUUUCUAGAAUGGCCACUUGAGGCUGGCCCCAAAGACCCCCAUAUUAAAAUCCCCAACUUUACAGCAAAAAAUAAACAUGUUUACAGGCUGGUCCAAAAAAAUAACAAGACAAACAAAACAAAAUACUCAAAGCAGCUCUUCCCUUGAACAUGCAUAACUUUGGGCUUUAAUAAAAUAUAAACAGGUAAGUGGUAUAAAAAUCCACCCCCCUACAGUUGUCAUAAAUGGCUAAAUUAGCUAUAGCGACUGAAACCAUUUUUGUACCAGGCUGUAAACAUGUUUAUUUCUGCUGCAAAGUUGGGCAUUUUCACAUGGGAGUCUAUGGGGAUUGACUCGCUCUUGAAGCCAGCCUCAAGUGGCCAUUGAAGGAACUGCAGUUUUUGGCACUUCAGCAUUGUCUUCAUUUUUCAGCCCUGGAGUUGCCACUUGUGCAAAUCCUAAAUAUUUCAGUGUAACAGUCUACAAUGUAAGAGUAUUGUAAAUAUUUAAGAUGAACAUUCCUCUUUGAGCCAGAUGUGUUGUACAAUUUGUGCCGUGUAUACUUGGUGAGUAUAUUGUAAAAAGUUUAUUGUAUUCACUGUUGUAUUUGGGCAUUUAAACAUGAGAAAACAUAUGAAAGCAACAAGACAUGGCUUUGUUGUUUUGUUGUUGGCCUCAGGUUCAGGUUUCUGCUUUGCUGCUGUGGUUGGUGAUUUGUGUUCC